AUGGCGUCACUUCCGGGGCGCUUGAAGCGGAAAGUGCCCGGACCCCAACGUUGGCCGGGAGCGUUCCGCCCCGCGGGGCCGUUCCUCAGGCCCCGGGCCCCGGGGGUUGCUCCCGCGGAACCGCUUCGGAGAGCUGCUUCCCAGGGCUACCUGAGGCUGCUGCCGGGUGAAAGAAACUCCAGCGUGUGCUUCCCUUCGCUCUGGUGCUGCGAGCAGGGUGCUGACCCCUCCGGGGCCCUUGUCCUCCCUGGGACCACGGCCAGGAAGAGCUUCGAGGCAGGAUGUACUCGCCCACGGGCUCCAGGAGGGGCUUCCCCAGGCAGCCUGGUCCUUGGCAAGCUGGACCAUCACCACCCCGACGUUAUGGCUCCCAGAACAUGGGGAAGCACAGCAAAUCUAAACCCAGGGAGCUGCCAUCCUUUGCAGCCUGAUCCCUGGGAGCCCUUCCCUGGUCUUGACUUCCAUGUGGCUGAGGAGAACAGGGGAUGGGCACCCAACAACUGCCUCCCGCCACCAUCCUGGCACAAUGAAGAGUGUGACCAAGGACCUGUGGAGUGCUUCGGAGAGGGCCAGUACUCGCCCUGGCUCUCUGAGCCCGGACCGUUCCCUGGCCCUGAUGACCUCUAUGGGAAUGAGGAGAACAGGAGAUGGGGACCUCAUGAUGUGUCACCUCCACGCCACUGGGACAAUGAAGAAUGUGACCAAAGACCUGAAGCCUGCUUUGGAGAGGGCUGGUACCCGGUGAGGAGAAAUGGACCAGAGGGGUGGCAGCUGCGUGGCUGUUCCCUGCAUGCCACUGUCCUCACUGGCGAUCAUUUGCCAUUGCAGCUUUGGUCCUGUGACCCCAGGCCAUUCCCUGGCCCUGCUGACUACUGUGGGAAUGAGGAGUACAGGGGAUGGGCACCCAAUGACUGGUCCGCUCCAUGCUUUUGGGGUGCCAGAGGUGACGGAGGACCUGAGGAGUGCUUUGGAGAGGGCUGGCACCCGGAGAUGAUGCCACCCGGCCCCAGCCGCUCUACCUGGCGUGAAUUCCCCAACGAGAGGCAGCACUCCCCCUGGCCCCCUGCCCACCAGACAGAGGAGCAAGGUGGCUUCCAGGAUGACUGCAAGCCCUGGGGAUUCCAUGGCCCUUCUAGGAGGCACUGCCAACGCCUUCGCAGAGCCCACCGAAAGCCAACCACGGUCCUGCGCCCGCUGUGUGUUCAGCCCAGAGGGUAUUGGCCACCCUCUCGGUCUACUCGUGGCUCUGGGACGAGCCAGCCAGUGGUCAAAGAAGAGCCACUUACUCCCAUCAAAGCUCCUGUGCAGAGCGGGGAGCAGCAGGCCAAGGACAUGCCAGCAGCCAGUGAGAAGGUCCCAGAGUGCUCCAGAGCCACCAGCACCUCUCAGAAGAGCCUGGCUGCUGAUCCCCAGGUUGUGACAGAGGCUGUGAAGACAGAGCAGGCAGCAGGAGAGAUGCUGGUAAAGCCAUGCAACCAAAGCAGCCCUGAGGCUGGUGCUGGGUCAUGUCCCUGCAGUCCCACAGCCCCUCCGGAGCCUGCUGAGCCAUCCCAGGGCCAGCAGGGCAAGGUAGAAGCUGCCAGUGCUGGGAUCCCACCAGAAGAUCCCACAGAGCCCAAGGUACAACCCAGAGAGGCUUCCUCCUGUACCUGCAUCAAACCAGAGACCUCAGCAGGGACCCAGCACCCUCCUGAAUCCAGUGAGGCGAAACCGGCUGCAGAUGACUCGCACCAGCUCUGCUCUGAGCUCCCAAACCCCUCCCCAGCCAUCACAGACCUCCGCUCUGCUGCUGUCCUCUCCAGGAAGGAGAAGAUUGAGCUGUCCUACCAGCAGUUCAGCCUGACCAUCGCAGUGGUGGCCACGAUGCUGCUGCAGAAGGAGCCCUCCAUGGAGGCAGCGCUGGGGCUGGCGCUGAGGGCGAACCUGCGCCAGGGCCGCAUCCACCACCUCCAGGAGCUGGAGGACUUCAUCAACAGCUACGACUCGGCCACCCCAAGCCACUGAGGGUGCUGAGCCCUCAGGUCAGGAUGUUAUGGACACAUUGGUGCGGUCCCACCACCUCUCACGGACAUGGAGGUGGGGGAAGUGGGUGCUUGGUUUUAGCCCUGCUCAGUGUGGGGAGGCUGCAGUGUUUGCUCCCCUCCACCCCAGCUCCUCGCUCCAUUCCUGGUUCACAGGGAUGUGCCCUGAACCCCCUGGGUUGUUCUUUGGUUUACAUCUAAGUUAAACCAGUUGUGAUCGUUGCA